AUGUCUGACAAUAUUACUAACAGCGGAACAAGUGGUCAAAGUGAUAAAAAUAAUCACACUAGUAUGGAUCCUAGUGCCAAUAAUAUCCCUCAACCUGAUAUGAAUAACGUUACUAAUGUAUCAGAUACAACUAAUCCAGCGAUGGAUUCUACAAAUUUAGCUGAAUUGAAUUCUGGAUUGAGAAGAUCUAGUCGUGUUCCAAAACCAAGAACUGAUCUUACUGCAGAUUUAGAAGAUGAAUAUAAGAAGAGAACAUAUAAGAAAAGAGUUAAACCAAAACAAAAGAAGCAUGCAGCCAAUAAAGAUAAGAAGAAGAAAAUUACUAAACCAUCAAAAAAAUUAAAGAAGACUAAAGCAACUAAGAAAUCUGCUACUGGUAAGAAAAUUACUAAGAAAGAUGAGAAAAAAAAUAAUGGUAAAGUAAAACCAACAAUUGAAACACAAGAACCAUCUCUAACGGAAGCAAAUUGGGCACCUUGUGCUCCUUUAUUGAAUUCUGAUUUUAAGACUCAACAAAGUGUAAGUUCAAGAUUAAAAAAUCCAAAUAUGAAACCAGUACCAUAUGCUGGAGAUGUUAUGAAAAUUAUGUCCUUUAUCAAUAAAUUUUAUUCUUUAUUUGAUCAAGAUCUUUUAAAUUUAUCAUUUCAAGAUUUCGAAGUGGGUCUUGAUUUGUAUCCAGGUAAUUCUAAGGAAUCUGCUGAUGGAAUAUAUUCUGAAGAGAAAGAUCGUAUUGUUUAUUAUCAAGAUUAUAUAUUGGUUAAGGAAGUCAUUCAAGCCCAGGAUAAGAUGAAUUUGUUGUUUUUAAGUCUUCUACAAUUAUUAUUUGUUGAUCCAAAGAAAUAUGACGCACCAACUUUAGCUGAUUUAAGAGGUAAAAAUCUUUAUAGACCAUAUAUUGAAAAAGUUAGAAAACCUGCAAAUGAAUGGGGGUAUCCAAAAGAAUGGAGAUCUAAUAAUGUCACCUCUAAUGUGCUCGGUGAAGGAAAAUUUCCAUUGUUUCCUCAUAAUGAAGCUGUCCCUGUAGUGGAUCCUACACAUCCAGAAAUAUUAACACCAAAUGUAUAUACAUAUAUCGGUAAUGAUCCAGUACAAUUAGAAAACGAUCCUUUGCAAACUCGUGAUCUUGAGGACGAAGGGAUAUUAGGUUUACCAACCAAUGAUAGAAUUAUAUUUUUGAGGACUUUAAUCAAUUGGUGUUCUGUACAAUCAUUACUUGUACAUCAUGAAAUAUAUCAAUUAUCCCAUUUUAAGAGAGAUGCUCCAUUUGGAAUUCAAACUCAAAAUGUUCCAAGAUAUUAUCUUGAUGGACCUGAAGUCACCUAUAAUUAUUUUAGGAAACUUUGUACAAUUAUUCAAACUCGUUAUGAAGUUCGUUCUAAGAAGAAACAUUAUCGUAAACAAAUGAGUGAUGGGAAAAAUCCAGAGUUAAGCGCUAAAAUGAAAUUAUUAGAAGAGAUAAAGCAAGAGUUAAACAAUGUUGAAAAAUCAGAGAGACCUGAACUUGUCAUUUCAUUGUAUGAUAAAUGGAUAAGAUUAUUCGAAGGUGAAUUGAAUGAUAAUCCAUUAUCGAAUCCUUUUGAUGAUCCAAUUUAUACAUUACGGUCGCAAGAAUUUUUCAUUGGUAGAGUCCCAUAUAUGGGUGACUUCUAUUUACCUAGACUUCAUAGUUAUGGUGAUACAAUUACUAUGAGCACAUACACAGAUCUCAGAAAAUUGCAAAAGCUGGUUUCAAAGUUCAAAAAUAAGGAAUAUACAGUAUUACAUUUAUUUGAAGAAUAUGGCCAGACGUUAAGUUCUCAAUUUAAGGUAUUAUAUCACGAUACCCCGUCAUUAAUUCAUGAUAUAUCAAAAAAUAAAAAUAUUGAAGAUAAAUGUUAUUGGCAUGAAAUGUGCCAUGAUGCAGAAUCUUUGAGAAAAUUUUUGGACUUUUUAGAUUUGAAGAUUGUUAGACCACCACCAAAGGAAAAGAAAAAAGAUGACGCCACUGGUGUCAAAGAUGAAGAUUCAUUGAUAAUAAAAGAAAACACUUCUGUCGAUGUAAGUACUGUUGAAGGUGCAACAACCAUUUCAUUGACAGAUUCUGAGAGUACGAAGGUUGACGCUUCACCAGUAACUGCGACAAGUGAGGUGAUAUCUCAACCAAAAAUUCAUAAUAGGAAACUAGAAAAUAGUAAUAUUAACACAAAUCCAUUACCAAGAGAUCAACGUUACAAUACAGCUAGAAAUAAAUUAAAAAUUUUGAAAGAAUAUUUAUCUGAUUUCUACUUUAUUCUGUAUACUUUUGAACAAUUAAAGAAGGAGUAUUCCGAUAUGAAACCUGGUAGAAGGCAAUUAAGAGAUAUGAAGAGGAACUUAAUUAAUUAUAAUAUGGACUAUGAUAGUGACGAUAUGAUGGAAUAA